AUGCAACAUCUGGCGGAUGUUGAUGACCCAAUGCUGAUGCUGGAAGAAGCAAUCAACGCCGGCCUAGCUGCUCUCUCCGUCGACGCCCAGAAGCGCGCCGAGAAGGAUGCCGCAAAGAAGUCGGCCAAAGCCGCAGCUGUCGAGCAACGUGAAGCGGAGCGCAAAGCCGAUGCAAUGGUCUACAUCAAACGAGUCGAACGUCAGAAGCGCAAGUAUGUCACGGUGGUGAUUGGCUUGGAGCAACACGGGCUGGAUCUUAAAAAGGUAGCAAAAGAGUUUGGCAAGAAGUUUGCAACAGGAAGCAGUGUCACCAAGACGCCAUCCGGCACCGAAGAGAUAACAGUGCAGGGAGAUGUGAGUGAUGAUCUCUUCGAUUUUCUGGAGGAGAAAUAUGGAGAUAUCAUUCCGGAGGACAAUGUGGAAUGCAUAGAGGACAAGAAGAACAAGAAGGCUGCCGGCUGA